AUGGCAAUCGGGUCAAUGAAAUCUUUUAACCAGCUAAAUUUAUCCUUCCCUGUUAUAAGUGCUUCGAAUGGAGAUGUCACGCUUAAUUCGACAAAAAAUUACCCAAUGUAUAUGAGAAUUCAGGCUUCUUUUUCUCAUGAAUAUUCAUUAAUUCCUAUUUUUAUUCGUGCUUUAGGCUGGAGAAAGGUGGCAGUCCUUUAUCAAAAUGAUACAUGAGGCCUGUCUGGGUACGUUUAUUUUAACCAAGGAAGUAAAGGCCAUGAUUUAUCUUUAGUUAACCCAGAAAGUAGCAGAGCUUUUCCUGGGAAUCUUAAUAGAGAGGAAGUAAAAGAACAUUCGCAUAUACUUCAAGAAAUAGUAAACUCUGAGGCGAGAUUUUUGAUUUUAAUAAUGCAGUAUCCGACUGCUUAUUAUAUUUUUGAAGAAUUUUAUGAUUUAGGAUUAAGAAAAGGGGAUCUAGUAAUUUUUACAUCACUUUCAGACCUGAUUACAUUUUCCGCAUAUGAUAAUGCUUAUAAACAUAAAGUAUAUGAAGUGGCUGUGCCUAUUAUGACUGGGCAUGGGCAAAGCUGGGUUGGGCCAUUAGGAGAAAAAGCACUUUCGCAAAUAGAAAAAUCAUAUGGCGGAUUAAUAAACUCGUAUAGCUGCUUUUAUUUUGAUGCUAUCUUUUUAAUUACUUAUGCGCUGGAUUUUAUGAUUAAUAGAGGGAUGGACUAUACUGAUCCUGAUAAACUACAAAAAGUUAUGAGAAAUCAGCAGUUCUAUGGGUGUACUGGGCAAGUUAAUAUAGAAAAAGGGUCAAAUGAUAGGAUUAUCCAAACUUUUGAAAUUUUUUUAAAUAAAAUAGACGAAAAUGGAAAUUUAACUACUUAUGUGAUGGGGCAGUUUCGGCCUCAAAGCACACAGCUAAUAACAAUCCAAGAGCCUUUGGUAUAUGCAGAUGGCUCCACAACAAAGCCAGCAGACUUAAGAAGCACUGAUUAUAAAUGCCCUUUCCCUGACAGACUUGUAAAAACCUUCCCAGAUGGAAGAGCCUUAGUUUUCGGGAUUUGUUUUGGCGUUGGAUUAAUCUACCUUGGCAUCGUAAUUUAUAUAUGAAAUCGAUGAUGAAAAAUUUCUAUUGAGCCGCUAAAGCGAAAAGAGAGAGAGAGAGAGAGAUUAGUUAGAGAGGUUAAGCGGGGAUUAUUUCAGCCCCUAGCCAGUCGGACUUCAGCUUCGUGCUUCAUGUGGCACUAAGCACUAAAGCCACCUAACGCCCUUUUUCUUCGGAGCCAUCAAAAAUGGUGACGUCCUCAGUCUGUCGGGGAGACUCACCCGACCCUGCUGGAUCAGAAAUUUCUAUGCAAGACGUGAUUGUGGGGAUGACCAUUUUUAUUGAAUUUUUUCAGUUUUCCUCAAUGGGCCCAGAUUUUACAGUUAUAAAUUCUACGUUGAUUGAGAUCAGUAAUAUGCUUUCCCUAAGCCUAAACGAUAUCCUUAAGCUCCAAAAUGGGGUAUUUUGAAUAGUGGUUGACGUCGUUUUUGGGGCUAUAGGCUUAUGAGUAAUUUUAUGUUUUGUAAUUCUUACUAGGCUUGAUGAGAAAUUUCCGACAAUUGUUAUGCUGAGACAUUUAGACGCUUUAGCUGACUAUCUUAUGCCAAUUUUAGGGAAUCUUUGCUUUAUUCCUUUUACUUCAGUGUGCCUUGACAUCUUUUUGUGUGACCAAUCAAUUGGUGAUAGCUUUACAGAAAGUUUUCUAGCUUGGGAUUGCUAUUAUUUUUGCUGAAAAGGUGAGCAUUUAUAUUAUGCCGUUUUUUCAGUUUUGGCGCUGACUGCUUAUGCUCCGCUUGCAAUAUUUUGUAGGCCUCUUUGACAAGAGCUGCAACCGCUUUUGCAUGUAAAAGCAAUCCCACUUUUUUUGAUGGUAAAAACAAUGGUUCAAAUAAUUUUAAUUGUGAUGAAUAAGACAGUCAAAAGGGCUCAAAGCGCCCUUCAUGGAGCUUUAUUUUUGAUAGUGAUGCUUAUUUAUAUUAGUUUUUUGCAUAAAUUCAAGCCUUAUAACUACGCAAGAUUCAGCUGAUGGCAAACUUUGAUUUUAAUAGCAGUUGUAUGGCUUGCUUUUCUUUCGAUGGUUGCACAGAGUAUUGGAGGGAAUCCAUUUAUAUUGUCAGCUAUGCUAUGCUCAGGUUGAGUAGUUAUUAUAUUAGUUGGCAUUUAUGUGCAGCAUAAAAAAUACCCAAGUUUACUUUUUCGCAAAAGGGGCCAAGAUACAUCAACUUUGUUUAAAUUUGCUUUUGCAUUUGGCAGGCAUUCAAAGCAAGCUUUACAAAAGAUUGUUCCGAACACUAAUGUAGAAAAGAUUAUUUUAAAGUAA